AUGGAUCUCUAUGUAAGGGCAGUGGAUGUGCUGAGACAUGGGUCACGGAAUAGAGGGACCACAUCUCUCUCCAUCGUCUCGUCCUGGCCUUGCAGGGAGCGCGCCGAGCAGCUGGCAGCCGCCGCACGCCUCCUGGGAGAGUGCCGCUGGGAGUGGAGCGAGGAGGCGGCGCGGGACCUCAGGGCGAUGCUGCGAUCGUGCUGCGAUGCGCGCGCCGGCCUGGUGCUCACGCGGGGAGACGCGGCGGAGCGCCCGGGACUCACGUUCGAGGCCGCCGCCAAGACUCUGCACGUCACCCCGCAGCUCCUGUCCGUGCUGCCGGAGAGCUCUCCUCUGGCCGGCGAGUUGCACGGUCGCUGUGCCGUGGUGGGGAACAGUGGGGCGCUGCUGGGGAGCCGGUGUGGUAGGAGCAUCGACAAUGCCGACUUUGUAAUCAGGUGCAACCUCCCUCCGGUGUCGGGAAACUUCACGCGGGACGUGGGCAACCGCAGCCACAUGGUGACGCUCAACCCCAGCAUCAUCAAGGAGCGGUACGGGGGGCUCCACAGCAGCGAGAGCCGGAGCCGCUUCGUGUCAGACGUCACGGAUUACGGGGACGCUCUGCUUCUCGUGCCCGCCCUCGCCUACGUGCACAACCUGCUGCCGGCCCUGAGGGCGCACCGUGCCUUGGAGGCGGCGGGCGCUCGCCAGAAGGCCGUGUUCUUCCACCCCGACUACCUGCGGCGUCUCGCUCGCCUCUGGGCGGCCAGAGGGCUGCAUCCGCAGCGCCUCUCCACGGGCCUCAUGCUUGCGAGCGCCUCCCUCACCCUGUGCAGCCAAGUUCACCUCUACGGAUUCUGGCCCUUCGAACGAGGGCCCAACGGGGCCUCUCUGCCACAUCACUACUUUGACGACAGACCGCCUCGGCCAGGCGCGCACGACAUGCCCCAGGAGUUCAGCCACUACCUCCUGCUGCACAGCCAGGGAGCAAUACGGCUGCACAUGGGCGCGUGCACAUAAUGCUCCUCACAGCACCACGCCCACAUGCCCCAUCCACCUACCGCUCCCCACCUACUCGCACCGACACCGCAACACCUUGGCUGCCUGCUUUUAAAAGUUUCAGCUCUCGAGGCUACGUUGGCAGCAGUGGGACCUGUGCCUUUUUUAAGAUGCGUGAGUUACCUGGUGAAUAUAAUUUCUAAGAUAAAAAACACACACAAUGGUCUCCUGAUUGCAUUUUAUUUUCU